AUGAUCACUGACAAGAAUCUGUACGUUGUCGCCCCACCGGAACUAGUGAACCCCGACUCGGAGGACUGUCCUUCCUGUAGGAUAUCACCAAGGUGUCAGUCCGAAGCCCGAGAGGUGGUGGACCCGGAAGAAAUCGAGGCUUUUGUCAAGCAUGUCGAAACUGUCAAUCGACACCAGCCUGAGUUCCUUCAGGCAUUCCAUGAAGUAUUCGACUCUGUCGAGCCAGUUCUUCGCUCGAACCCUAACUACCUCCGAGCUUUCAGAGUUAUCGUUGAGCCUGAGAGAUGCAUCACCUUCCGAGUUCCUUGGGUCGAUGACAAAGGAAAACAACACGUUUCCCGGGGCUAUCGGGUUCAGUACAGCUCGGCGGCAGGACCGUACAAAGGAGGCCUUCGAUUUCAUCCGUCAGUCACUCUGUCAGUGAUGAAAUUUCUCGGCUUCGAGCAAAUCUUCAAGAACAGUCUGACUGGCUUGUCAAUUGGUGGCGCCAAAGGCGGUUCUGACUUUGAUCCGAAGGGACGCAGCGACAAUGAAGUGAUGCGUUUCUGCCAAGCUUUCAUGACGGAGCUCAGCAGAUAUCUCGGUCCGAACCGUGAUGUGCCGGCCGGUGACAUCGGCGUUGGAGCUCGAGAAAUAGGUUACCUCUUCGGUCAAUACAAGCUCUUGAAAGCUGGCCAGUUUGAGGGGGCGAUUACGGGGAAAGACAAAAACUGGGGAGGCUCAGAAAUGCGGCCGGAGGCUACUGGAUACGGGUGCGUGUACUUUGUUCUCGAGCUCCUCAAGGCGCAGCAAAAGGAAGGCGUCAAAGGGAUGCGGUGUGCCAUCAGCGGCAGCGGGAACGUGGCGUUGUACGCAGGGUUGAAACUUGCGAGCUUGGGCGCGAUAGUCAUGACAUUCAGCGACAGUUCGGGAUAUAUUGUAAAUCAGAAUGGUUUUUCGCUAGAGCAAAUCAAGCAGCUGAAGGCUAUGAAGGAGGCAAACACAAGCUCACGAGUGUCGGAGUUCGCCACUAAGCAUUCCUCAGUCACGUUUGUGAAGGAGAAACGAGUGUGGGAGGUCCCCUGUGAGAUAGCCUUCCCAUGCGCCACGCAAAACGAAAUAUCUGAGAAAGACGCGAAGCGCUUGAUCUCGAACGGCUGCAAGAUCGUUGCCGAGGGAGCGAACAUGCCAACAACAAGAGAUGCAAGUAAACUGUUCAAGCAGCAUGGAGUAGUCCUCUGUCCUGGAAAAGCUGCCAAUGCAGGUGGCGUCGCUGUUAGCGGUCUCGAAAUGAGCCAAAAUGCCAUGCGGAUCGAGUGGACGAAGGAAGUCGUGAACGAGAAGCUUCAGCAAAUCAUGGCUUCGAUCUUUGAUAAGUGCCGCAGUUACGCAGCCGAGUUCGGCGAGAAUGAGUUUGAUUUAGUGAAGGGAGCAAAUAUCGCGGGCUUUGUCAAAGUUGCAGACUGUGUUAUCGACCAGGGAUACAUAUGA